GCUGCAGGAGCUUCCCCAGCGCCUGGCCGAAGAGAGCUGCGGCGGAAGGGAGGAUGGGAGCCCGGGCGGCGCUGCAGGCUCUUUUCUUCUGGAUCAACCUGGCUGCGGCUUCCACCCCUGAUGAGCUCUGUGAGAACCUGUCUCCUGCCAACAACAGCACCAGCCCCCACUGCAAUGCCUUGGUGGACCUGAUUGGGACGUGUUGGCCUCGGAGCGCUGCAGGACAACUGGUGGCCCGCCCAUGUCCUGAGUUUUUCUUCGGUGUGAGAUACAACACCACCAACAACGUUUACAGAGAGUGCUUUGCGAAUGGGAGCUGGGCAACCCGUGUGAAUUACUCCCAGUGUCAGGAGAUCCUCCACGAGGAGAAAAGAAGCAAGCUCCAUUAUCACGUCGCGGUCGUCAUCAACUAUCUGGGGCACUGCAUCUCUUUAGGAGCCUUGCUGGCGGCUUUUGUGCUGUUCAUGCGCUUAAGGAGCAUUCGCUGCUUGCGAAAUAUUAUCCACUGGAAUCUGAUCACGGCCUUCAUCUUGCGGAAUGCCACGUGGUUUGUGGUGCAGCUCACCAUGAAUCCAGAUGUCCACGAAAGCAACGUGGCCUGGUGUCGUCUCGUCACUGCUGCCUACAACUAUUUCCAUGUCACCAAUUUCUUCUGGAUGUUUGGGGAAGGAUGUUACCUCCACACAGCCAUCGUCCUUACCUACUCCACCGACAAGCUGCGGAAAUGGAUGUUCAUCUGUAUUGGCUGGUGCAUCCCUUUCCCCAUCAUCAUCGCCUGGGCCAUUGGGAAGCUCUACUAUGACAACGAGAAGUGCUGGUUUGGGAAGCGUGCAGGAAUCUAUACCGACUACAUCUAUCAAGGUCCCAUGAUCCUGGUGCUGCUGAUCAACUUUAUCUUUCUGUUCAAUAUUGUCAGAAUCUUGAUGACCAAGCUCCGCGCCUCAACCACCUCAGAGACUAUCCAGUACAGAAAAGCCGUGAAGGCCACUCUCGUGCUCCUUCCGUUACUGGGCAUUACUUACAUGCUUUUCUUUGUCAACCCUGGAGAAGAUGAAAUAUCCCGGAUCGUCUUCAUCUACUUCAACUCCCUCUUGGAGUCCUUCCAGGGCUUUUUUGUCUCUGUCUUCUAUUGUUUCCUGAACAGUGAGGUCCGUUCUGCAGUACGGAAGAGGUGGCACCGGUGGCAGGACAAGCACUCGAUCCGGGCCAGGGUGGCCAGGGCCAUGUCCAUUCCCACGUCACCAACCCGCGUCAGCUUCCACAGCAUCAAGCAGUCGUCAGCGCUUUGAGGCAGCUCCUGAAAUGUCACGGCAGUUGUGGGGACUGGGCCCAGCGGGGCAGGACUUUUGUUCGCCCAGAAUUGUGAGCCGGGGAAGUCCCCACGAGACAAUGGCUGCCUUCUUGCUGAGAAGCUAAGUGCACCGAAAGUAAGCCUUGUCCCUGGAGGGAACUGCAGUCGUAGUGAAACUCAGCGGCUGUGAAACAGUGGGAAAUUCCGAGGCCUACCACACCACUAUUCCAAUCUCAUCUGGGAGAAAACCUUCCCCUUGAAGGGGUGGCUUCGUGCAUUUGUUUCAUCUGGAGCUCUUGGUUGUUUCGCUUACAGAACGGCGAGAGGGUCAUCAAACCACGAGUGAUGCAUGAGGAGCAGAAACGGGCUGAUGAUUCAUUCUCAAAACACAGAAACCCUGGGGGUGUCCUCCUCAUCUGCCCAAGCCAAAAGGAACAGAUUCUGUAGGAGGGUGGACCCUGGGAACUCUUUGAUGUCAAAGCCGCCAUUAGCAUAAAUGGCUUUUUGAAAAGGAUUUUGUGAAUUUAUUAUGGCUGCUUAUCAGUGGCUUAUAUCCCUAAUAGCCAAAAAGCACAAACUCCGUAUUUCGGGGGCCUCUGACUUAACCCAGUUGUGGGCAUUUACACGGAUACUGCCGUCUGGCCCUGCUUGUGAACUUUCCUUCUGGGGACGUCUCUCGCGCUGUCGUUGAGCCAGAUCCAGCAGUGCCGUCGCAAUAAUCUUCCUCGUAUUUAUUCAGCAGUAGCAGAUAAACCAAGAGCUGGUGAACUGUCAAGGAGCAGAGCAGCCCGCCAGUUGGGAGGACCAUUCCGUAGUUAUAGGACCAAAUCUCAGCUAAGACGCUCCCACCGCCAACUUUUCUGACCCCGGAGACUCUACUCGGAGCCUCAAAAUGGAGGGAGAGACUGAUGGAUUUGUUGUGGUGUCUCUUAAUAAAGGGUGCUGCUGUCCCC